AAGCAGUAAAAGGACAACCUAAAAAAACGGAGUCCCGAGUCUAUUAGAUUUUGCGUGCGUGCACAUGCACGAACACGCGCAUGGGAAUGUGCGACUCUAAAGCCAAUCUAAUUUCCGGGACCCACACACCAACGGGGGCUCGGUGAUUCAUCGAGGAGUCCCGAGAGAGACAAACUGUUGGAGCCGUGCGCAUGGCUCAGUUACAAUAAAUACGCGGGCACCAUUUCGGCGAAGCCAAGGUGCGCUUCGGACGCGUGCGCAACAGCUGCACAGGGCUUCUCCUGGCGUUCUCCUCCGGAAAGCGGCUCGUGUCCACGUCAAAUGAACUGACUGUGUUUAUUUAUUUUUAACCUGCACGACGGAGGCGACGUUUGUGAUCAAAUCACGGCCGCCGAAAAUCCUACCAUGGCGAAAUAACCAGAGAGCCGCAUCCGCCGGGGUUUUUCCGAUUAGCCGACGCCGUGAGACCCAGCGAUUUUUUAACAACUUUAAACUAUGCUUUGCUGCUUGAGAAAAAAAACAUUAACUCGCUCGCAAUUUGCGAUUUAGUUGCGAGAGAGAGAGAGAGAGAGGGGGGCGGAGGGGACCAGAGCGAGACUGCAUCCCGCUGUUGACAGAGAGACCACUUGUGCGCCGCCGUCGCAACUGUGCCAAAGAGAGGGAGUCUUUUUUUUUUUUUUUUUGUAAGCCGCCGGAGAGGACUCGACCGGCAUAUCAAUCAGCGUCCCGGGAGCACCGGCGAGGCAAAGGCAUUUUCUUGAAGGGGUGUGUGUGUGUUCUUUGAGUGUGUGGGGAGGUUGUGAGAAGAAGCAGGGGGUGGCACUUUUAUCGUUUGAUGCAGUGUGGGCGACUACAGGCAGUAGAAAACAAAUGUAAUAAAGAAGCCUGUUCCCUCCGUCUUGCCGCGGGUGCGCACCGGCGGGGAGGCGCAAGAGACCCGCAGGAUCAUCGAUUCGUACUUUGAGAUCUUGCGCUGCUGCUGCUGCUUGUGUGACAGGAGCAGACUGAGAGGGAACGGAGGGAUUACCGGGUGCGUCUUCUCCCAUACAAACGAACGAUUAACGUAUCUUUGUGUAACCAUGAACGCCGGGAUAUUGUUUUGGCUCGGAUGUUCUGCGGCGUUUUUUGCCGGGCUGCUGUGCGCUUCGACAGCGACGGCGAUGGAUCUCCCCGCCGACGGCUUCAGCAACGUGAACGGUGGAGGCGGCGGCGGGGGCACGAGCGGGGAAACUGGGAGCAAGCGGGACUCGAACCAAACUCUAAACUCCAGGCUCAAGAGGAAAACCCUGGCAGUGGAUUUUGCUGUCCCUUCUCUGUUGCGCUAUUACCUGGCAGAGUUCAUAAAAAGACCCCUGGACGGCGACUGUCAGAGUUCCAUUGGGUGCUACACGGUACGCGCAAACUUAAAAAUGCACUGCAUACCCUUGCAGAAGACCGUAUCCACUUUUGCGGACUCCGCGCUGAGGAACGCGUCCUCCGAAGGACAGCUGCCCUUUUCCCGAAGGCGGCCGCUGUCCAAAGUUCUGAAACUGGGCUUGACGAAAGCCAGCAGGAAAUCAAACCAAGUCGUUGUGGAAAUAGGAGAGGAUCUAGUGCGAGAGGGGUGCGGGGAUUUGUCCGUGCACGAGGAAGCCCCGGGACUCGACCUGGAAAUGGACCUCACAACUAUUCUGGAGUGGUGGCUCGGUGCGGAGGGGGGCCGGCUCCGGGUCCGGCUCAUGCCCGAGAAAAAGGCCCAGGUGCCCGGGAUGGAGGAUCGCUACACCGCGGCCAUACGGGCAGCAGAUCCGCGCCUCUUCCUCCAGAUAUCUUCCGGGGGUGACCUGAUGGCUGGCAGACCUGCUGCUGGCAUUCCUAGAGGCUACUGGAGCUUCUCCUGGGUGGCCGAGGACGACGUGAGCUUUCCCAACGACUCUGUGCCCAUGUCAGAUCACCAGUGCCCUGGCAGUACCAGGACAUGUGACCAGCACUCGGAGGGUACCCCAGAGUUCACCUGGAGCAUCGUGGCUGCCGGAGACAUGCAGGAGAAAAGGAACGAGCAGAAGGCAAGAAGCCCCCACGGGUGGGAGGAAGGUAAGAACCAAGGACAGUUUUUCUGGGUGAACAGCUCUGCCUUCGGUGGCCCCUGGGUGCUGAGUCCUUGGCUGUGGGGGGGGCAGGGCCCCUGUAGCCUGGACAUGGCCGUGUUCCUGCAUCCCAGGCAAAGUGGGCAGUACACCUUAUGGCUCGUAGAGCGGGACAAACCGCCACUCGCCCUCUUCUCCACCGACACGCUCCCGCGCAUCACAGGCUGGGCGGUGGUCCACCUCACCCUGGGGCCGCACGCGGGGUCACCCUUCCGGGUGUCCGCCAGCUACGACCAGCGCAUUGUGCAGGAUGACACGGCCACCAUCGAGCCCCACUUCACCACCAACUGCACCAUGGCGUCCUCGCCCGGCCCUAACGUCACCCUGGAGGGCCAGUACCACUGUAACCAGGGCCCUGGGAUCCCACUGGACAGACUGUGCGACUUCAGCGCCGACUGCCCACUGGGCGACGACGAAGGCGACCUCUGCCGCACCUUUCUCAAUGGCAGCUACUGCUCUUUUGAAGAGGGCCAGUGCGGCUGGCACCCAGUCGCUGGCCGCGGUCUCUCCUGGAGAAGACUCGGGGCGCCAGCCAAGGCCUCCAGAACGAGCUGCCCGUCAUCAGGUGCCACAUUCAGCGUGGACGGAGGCCAGUCCAAAGGCCAGCGGAGCUCAGCCAUACUGAGGAGCCCUCUCUUUCCCCCUCCCCUGAGAAACUCGCCCUGCACGGUGCGAUUCUGGCUGUGCUCUGGGGGCCUGCAGAAGGGGUCGUUGUCUCUGUGGAUCGCUGAGAACGGCACAGGACCCGAGGAGCAGCGCAGACUGUGGCAUCUAGUCAGCAAACCCAUGUCGGAACACGGCUGGAGAGUCGUCAUCAUACCCCUUUACGGGCUGGCAGACUGGUUUUGGCUGCAGUUCAGCACAGAAGAUGGACCUGGACCCGGUUCAGCUAUUUCUAUAGACAACAUCUCCUUCAGUAUGGACUGCUUCCUGGCAUCCCACGGUGAGUUUCCACCUGUGGUCGCCAGCUCAACCAGGCUGCCCUUCAGACCGACCGUCAGGACCAUGCCCCCGUCCAUAGGAAGUCCUUUGAAGAACACAGAUUACUUCCAAAACUGGGUUUUUCAUACCUGCGGGGCUGCUGGCCCAGAAGGCCCCACUCCCAACCAAUGCCUCAACUCCUACAGGAAGAGCAACGUCAACGUGACCGUAGGCACCCGAGGGCCCUUCAAGGGCAUUCAGAUGUGGCAGAUCCCCAAAACUGGCACCUACAGGGUCACAGCCUACGGAGCAGCUGGGGGGCGAAGCGUGCUGGCCAUGAGCAGGUCACAUGGUGUCUACAUCACAGGGGACUUCCUGUUUCGGAGAGGCGAGCUGCUUUACAUCUUGGUGGGACAGAAAGGAGAGGAUGCCUGUCCCAACUCCAACGGCAUGCUGAAUCGGAUCUGCCUCGAGCAGAGCGGCCCCAUGGUGAACAAAACCCAAGUGAAAGGGGGUGGAGGAGGAGGGGGCGGGGCCACGUAUGUGUUCAAGGUGGACAAAGGAGUGUAUAUCCCCCUCAUCAUCGCUGCUGGGGGAGGUGGCCGGGGUUACAGCAGCCUAUCAGAGACCCAGCUGGAGCAGAUGGACUAUGACCCCAACCAACCGGGGCGCAGCGGGAAGUCAAACGCUGCAGGAGGAGGUGGAGGUUGGAAUGACAGGACUCCAGUCAGCCAGGGGGGCAGGCCGCUGGUGCUCGGAGGCCAGGGGGGGCAGGCCUGUCACAAGUUCUGGCAGACCCGCGGCGGCUUUGGGGGCGGCGGAGGUGGCUGUAUGUCGGGGGGCGCCGGCGGAGGCUACAGAGGUGGUAACACCUCCGUGGAUAACAACCCCAAACACGACGGAGACGAUGGCACCUCCUUCCUCGGCCCCGAGGGACAGCCCUUCCUCUACCCUCUGAAAGGUAUGGACGGGGACGGCGAGGUGAUCAUCAGUCCGGUGCAGAACUGCAGCCACUGUGAGAGCGACGAAUGCCACGAGACCAUGGACGGCAUCGUGUGCUACUGCGAUGAAGACCUGGUCCUGGACCCCAACGGGGUGUCCUGCAACAACGCCACAGUGGGGUCCUCGCUGCAUCCACAGCCGACUCUCUCCCACUUGGCGCUUGGUCUGUCCGUGGGCACCUCCGCCCUCAUCGCCGCCCUGCUGCUGGCUGUGUCCGGGGUCAUGAUCAUGUACAGACGUAAACACACAGAGCUGCAGUCUAUUCAGCUGGAGCUGCAGAGUCCGGACUGCAAGCUCAGCAAGCUGCGUGCGUCCACCAUCAUGACCGACUACAACCCAAACUACUGCUUCGCCGGCAAGACGGCGUCCGUCAACGACCUGAAGGAAGUGCCGCGCCGCAACAUCUCCCUCACCAGGGGCCUGGGUCACGGUGCUUUUGGUGAGGUCUAUGAAGGGCUUGCGGUGGCGAUACCGGGGGAACAGAGCCCCCUGCAAGUGGCAGUCAAGACCCUUCCUGAGGUCUGCUCUGAGCAAGACGAAUUGGACUUCCUCAUGGAGGCUCUGAUUAUCAGCAAGUUCAGCCACCAGAACAUCGUGCGGUGUGUGGGAGUCAGCCUGCAGGCCAUGCCCAGGUUCAUUCUGCUGGAGCUGAUGACCGGAGGAGACCUCAAGUCCUUCCUCAGGGAGACGCGGCCCCGGCUGGAGCACCCGUCCAGUCUGACCAUGGUGGACCUUCUCAACGUGGCCAGAGACAUCGCGAAGGGCUGCCAGUAUCUGGAGGAGAACCAAUUCAUACACAGGGACAUUGCAGCUCGGAAUUGCCUGCUGACCUGCAAAGGGCCGGGCCGCGUCGCCAAGAUCGGGGAUUUCGGGAUGGCUCGAGAUAUUUACAGGGCGAGCUAUUACCGGAAGGGGGGGCGCGCCAUGCUGCCUGUGAAGUGGAUGCCACCGGAGGCCUUCAUGGAGGGGAUCUUCACAUCUAAAACAGACACGUGGUCGUUUGGCGUCCUGCUGUGGGAAAUCUUCUCAUUGGGCUACAUGCCAUAUCCAAGUCGCAGUAACCAGGAAGUGUUGGAGUUCGUAACCAACGGUGGAAGAAUGGACCCUCCAAAGAACUGCCCCGGGCCGGUGUAUCGUAUAAUGACUCAGAGUUGGCAGCAUCAGCCUGAAGACAGGCCCAACUUCUCCACCAUCCUGGAGAGAAUCGACUACUGCUUACAGGACCCUGAUGUGGUGACUAUGCCCCUGCCUGAAGAGUACGGGCCCAUCCCGGAGGAGGAGGAGCGAGGACCCAUGCAGCCUGACGACUCCUCAGAACCCACCGUGCAGCUGAAUGCACAGGUGCCUGAUGGGAAUGUUCCUCCGCCGCCCCCCUCCUAUCCCACCGAGGACAGCCGGAGGGAUGGGGAGCACGUGGUGGAAACCAGCACAGCAUCCGAGGCCAAAGCACAGCCGUACCUCCACCAGAACCAGCAGCCCAUCACGCAGACCGCCAUCACUAUGACGACCACCAACACGGUCACCUCAACAGCCAACUCCACACUCAAUUCCAAGGGGUCCCACGUCGCCGCUCCGCCCGGCCUUGAGGGGGGUCAUAUCAACCUGGCGUUCACCCAGGGCCACGCGCAGGAGAAAGAGGGCCACAACGGGAAGAACUCCAGCCUCUGGAACCCAACCUACGGCUCGUGGUUCCUGCAGCAGAGGAAGCAGCAGGAGAGGCAGGGAGGGGUGGGGGGGGCAUGCAGGAGCGGAGGCAGGGUGCCUGGUGAGGGGCAGGAGCAUGUGGGCCGGACUGUGGCCGAGGUGGCGGGGGCGCUUGGUCUCCAGCACCAGCACAAGCAGUUCCAGCAGCAGCAGCAGCAUCAACUCCAGCUGCUGCACCACCACCACCACCAUCAGCAGCAGCAGCAGCAGCAGCAGGGGCUUUGCAGACCUCUGUUACCCCCACCCCCACCUCCCGCUGGCCAGGCACCUCUGCUUUUGGAUUCCGCCACCCUGCCCCCCGUCCCGCUCUACAGACUGAGGCGGUUCCCCUGUGGGAACAUCGGCUACGGCUACCAAGAGCAGGGCCUGCCGCUGGAGGCCGCCCCUCCUUCAGGGGCGCAGCAGGGCCUCCCCACGCCCUCCUCAGCAGCCCAUCAGAGGGGGGGCUCCAUUCCCGCCUCGGUGUCCUUGGGUCGGUCGGGUCUGUCCGAGGACAGCCGCCCACUGCUAGUCACCAUGGGGACCGUACAGGACCCCAGGCUGCCCAGGAUGGAGGGCCACAACGCCACUGUGCUUUAGCCCCAUGCCUGUGCCGCUGGUUAUUUACAGAGCCGUCUUUGGCGUGUUUGGGACACACGAGAGGACACAGCGUGUCGGGACAGAGGCGCUUUUACAGCACUCCUUCUGUUCAGCCAUUUUAGUUUCUUCCUCCAUUUCUCACGAAAAAAAAAAGCUGAAUGAUCCAUGAGGCUUUUCCAUGAGAAACCUGGAGGUGAGUUAACAGUCCCCAAAGGAUGCUAAAGCACAUCGGAAAAAAAAAAAAGAAUGGGGAAAUGUUGAAGGCUGGUUUAAAGAGUUUAAAAAAAUGUAUUUUUUCAAUGCUGGAGGAUCAAAUGAGUAAGAAAUAACCUGAUGGAGAGUUUAUGGCACAGGACGUGGAGGAGGAUCCUCUGAGGAGGUCCAGACACACGGCGUCACGCUGCUUCUUACACGUCCUUUUGGAAGAUCUCGCAUCACACUGAUUUUACACUGGAUUGCCAGAGACAUUUAUACAAAAAAAAUACGGGGGAAUGUGUUUGUUGAUGUUUGCUUGCCUGCUUGUUUAUUUAUUAUUUGGAAGUGGCUCUAUGAAUUAUUCAUGCUUCUUCAAAUCCAAACAACUACAUUUUACAUCAACGGCUUUUGUUUUCUUUAAGAGUGAAUUUAUUUUGGUAAUAAGAUAAGAGACGAAUAGCCCCCACCCACCCAAAUAUACAUUUUCCACCCUAACACAACAGUGAAGCAGGAACUGAGCUGUGUUUUUUAAGGAGAACUCUACAGUGGAAUAUUCUACACAUGUUAGUGAAAAUAUGUUCUAGUGAUAUUCUAACAGAUUAAACGCAGGCCAAAUUUGUCGCCGCUCUGCAGACUUUGUUCACAACUCCGUUCUGUUAAAUGAACGCUUUGUACAGUGAAUUUGAGCCAUUUCUUUUCAAUAACCUUUAAUUCAUUUAUUGUAAAAAAAUAAAUAAAUCCGCUUUUUUUCUUCUUUUUGUCAGGAUAUAGAAACAUGGAUAUUGCUGAAUCGUGGCCGGCUCACAGCACUCUACAUUCCAACAGUUGCAUAUUUGAUCUUUUCUAUUAUAGGUGGACUGUGGUGGAAUACAGAUGAGACCUGGUUAAAGGUUUCACUCCACGUGGGAAUCACACACACACAGUUGACAUUUAGGUUGUAUGACAAAGUGUCAGGUUUCUUUUGUUUUUAAUGCUUUUGCUUGACUGUAUUUGGCAAUCCUGUUAGUGUUUCUGGUGUAAAGUGACUACGAGCCGCCAUGACGCUCAGUGACCCAUUAAGACGCUUUCCUGUGGGCCCGGAGCGAGUCAAACACGGGCAAAAUGAAAAAAAGUAUUUUGCUUGGUCAGCGGUGUGUUUAACGCAUUCAUUCUGUGUCCAGCCACAGUUCACCUACAUUGUUUGAUGUGAAAAGACAACCUGCACCUGUACAUGUUGUAAUUAAAGUAUUGUACUCUGGCUCUGGUAAAAGCUGUAAAUUGCCCUUCAGAAGACAUUCGCCAAAAUUAAUAAAUUACUAUAUAAUAGCC